CCUGAUUUCGUAAAAUGUUUCAGUUUUUCAUUUUAAAACCUUUAAAAUCAACGGUAUGAUUUUGCAGUUGUAUUAUUGAUUUGACAUGUUAUAUAGAAUAAUGUUUGGUAUGGUUUAGUUACGGUUUUUAAUAAAUUUUUAUGAAACCAGGGGAGUUUUACUAGUUAGCCUACCAUAACCUGAAGACGUGGCUGAAGUUGAACGAAAUCUACCCUAUAGAUACCGAUAUAUUUUGCAUGCCUAUCGCAGGGUAUGUGUUAUUAAAUAGCGAGAAUUUAAAUUAUUUUGCUUGAAAAUUCUAACCAAGUGUUUAAGACACAGUUUUUGCUGGUGGUCACAUAAAAACACUCGGCAUGCCCUUAUUAAUUUCAAAAUAGAGAUUCGUUGUUAAAAAAUGUGCUCCACUGUACAAUUAGAUAAACUAUCAAAGAAAUAACCACAAGAACCAAAUAUAAUACAACAAAGAUGUUAUGCAAAUGUAUGCACAUAGCAAAUAUGUUACUUUGUCUAUUCUGAUGAGAGUACUCAGUUACUUGUUACAGAGUCAUGUAUAACGUAUCAUGCAAAAGCUAUUGGGUUAGAUAAUGUUUAAUUCCUAUUUUUGACUGUUAAUGGGGUUUUGAUUUAACAUUAAAUUUUAAACGUUCCAAACAUACCUAUGUUCCGAGGCAAGGGUUAGGUUGGGUUUGGUCAAUUACGUACUAUAUUAUGCUUUGCUGUCCUGUUGUUAUGAUGCCAUUUUUGAGUACUACCAAAAUGCGUACUUGGAAUUUGCCAAAAACAGAUCAAGAUACAAUUUUAUGUUUUCAGGAGCGAAAUAUUUUAUCAAAAACAGGAAAUGUGAACUUAAACAAGAACCAACCUGGCCGCCGUCACAUCUACUGCUAAAUUAUCUUGGUGAAAUCAGGCAGUUUUAUUUAUCCUUCAUGUAUCAAGUAGUGGAGUUUGACACUGAUAGUGGAGGAGGGGUUGGAAUUAUCCACUCUAAAUGGCUAACACCAAGAAAGAAAGAGUGUUUUUGGCCACCUUUUAAACAUUCUCAAGAGUACAAUAAAUGUCUCAGUGACGGACAGCGUCCUUGUGAAAAAUGGAGAAUUUGUGCUUUGAAGAGAAAAUUCUACAUUACUGAUGACAUAUUAAAGGCCAGAGAAAAAUUGAAAGAUGCAGAAUUUGAAUCUGACAUUGCAACUGAAUAUGAGAAUGAAUCCUCACAGAAAAGGAAGAAAAGGCCAAACAGAAGAAUUUUAUACAGCAGUGACGAAAGUAGUAGUGAUGAAUAUGACACAAAUAACCAGCUAGCCCACAAGAAGUAUCCAUCUCCACCAGAUGUGGAAGUGGCUGAAGUGCCAGUGGCUGAGUGUCAAAGGUCUGUGAACACACCGUCCAACUCAGCAGAUUCUGUGUUCACUAGAGACUCUCGUCCUUCUCGCAGAAGUGUUAUUAAUUCAGAAUCGUCUUCCUCAAUUCUUUGUUCUGUGGAAAAUGGAAAUACUGUUAAUACUCAAGAUGUUACUGUGUCAGAAGAUUCCACCAGAGAGCAAGUUGGUUUACAAGUGAUCGCUAGACAUUUGGCCAAAAUUGAGAAGCGUUUGGAUGUUAUUCAGCAAUCUGUAUCAGAAUUAUUAAAGCAGACUUUACCAGACACUGUACAGAACAUAAAUAUUUUACCAGAAGAGUUGACUCUUCCAUGCGAGACUGAAGAACAACUCAACAAAGUGGAAGAAUGGAUAUCAAUCCCAGAAAAUAAGAUAUGUAUGGAAACCACACUUGCUACAGUUGGAGGGAGAAAAGCUGAUCAUGUUGUGCGCCAUAUACUAGAGAGACUAUUCACAAAUAGAUUGGCAUUGAAAUACAAUUGGACAGGAAAAAAUCAGAAGAUAGCAUUAAAAAAUCUGCAGCUGAUGAAGAUUAUACCUGGUGAGUCAAAACGCAUAGAAUACUAUUUUAGCUGCUGUUAGAAGAAAUAAAUCCACUAGCAACAUCUGUGAUGAUGAUGUGAAUACCAUUUUACGGAACUGGUUCCGUUUCGCAAAGGACAGGGAUGGAGGUCGAGACAGCAGAAGACAGUCGGCUAAAUAGAAAAAGACAUCAGAAAAAUGUCUACUGUGGAAGUUCAAAGAGAACUAAUUUGCGAAAAGUGGCAGUUCGUUCAAAAGAAAUUUGUCAAGAAUUAUGUAAUGAAAUUCAGCACAAUUAUGUAAAGGUUACUGUAAACACACACACUAACAAUCAUGGUGCUGAUUCAAACAAUGCAGGUAUUUCUACAAAUAAUAAUGAUUACAUAUGCAGCAGUAUUAGUAGUAUAAGUAGUACUGAUGAUGAUUCUUCAGUUGAAGAAAUUGAAAAUUCUGAACUUAGUGCUAACAUUGUUCCUGUUGAACAAAAAUUAGUUGAUUGGAUGUACAGUUAUAACAUACCACAUAAUGCAGCAACAGCUUUGUUGCACAUUUUAAAACCACAUAUGUCAGGUCUGCCCCUUGAUUCACGCUCUUUGCUUCACACUCCAAGGUGCUCAGUAGUGGAUACACAUACCUCAGGCCUUUUCAAAUACUUUGGUGUAGAAAAAAAUCUAGUGAAAAGAGCCCUAACUGGAUUAAAACCUUGUCACUAUCCAUUGCUAAGAAACAUUUACAGGCACUAUAGUUCAGAAAAUAUGGUGACAAUUUCUGUUAAUGUUGAUGGACUACCAUUAUUUUCCAGUUCAAAUAAAUCAUUCUGGGUUUUGUUGGGUAUACUUGACCAGGCUGUUGACAGGUGUCCUUUUGUAGUUGCAGUAUAUUAUGGUGCAUCAAAGCCUUCAGAUGCUACAGAAUUUCUUCAGCCAUUUGUAAAUGAAUGUGUGUUCCUUGAAAGAAAUGGAAUAAAUAUAACGAACAAGCACUAUAAGUUUUGUGUCAGUUGUGUAAUUGCUGAUGCACCAGCAAGGUCAUUUGUGAAAUCUGUAGUUGGCCAUAAUUCACUAAAUGGAUGUGAGAAGUGUGUUCAAAAAGGGAAAUACUAUGGUAGAACAACAUGGCCGUACAAAAUUGAUUGUUCACUGAGGUCUGAUGAGUCAUUUAAAUACAUGGAAUACCCAUACCAUCAGAAAUCAAUAUCAGUGUUAUCUAGUUUGCGAUUAGGACUUGUGUCUCAGGUUCCAUUGGACUAUUUACAUUUAAUUUGCUUGGGGGUAAUGAAACGAUUGAUACUCAGAUGGUGUGAUACUGGCCUUAGGAAAGGGAAGUUAAGUUCAAAAAGCAUUGAUACUCUUUCUAACAGAAUGCAGAUAUUGAGAAAGCAUACUCCUAAAGAAUUUUCUCGCAAACCAAGACCCGUGAAAUUGUUUAAAUUUUGGAAAGGUACUGAAUUCAGAUCUUUUUUAUUGUAUUUUGGACCAGUUGUUUUAGUUAAAGUUUUGCCCAGGAGUUUAUUUGAGCAUUUCAUGUUACUUCAUACGGCUGUUUAUGUUUUGGCAAGUGACAUCGGUGAAUAAAACUCAUGGAGAAAGUAUGCAAAUGAUUUGAUGCAUGUUUUUGUCAAAGAAAUACCUGCAUUGUAUGGAAAGGAAGUACUUGUUUACAAUUUUCAUAAUUUGUUACACCUAGCAGAUGAUGUAGCCAAUUUUGGUAAACUUGAUCACUUCUCUGCUUUCCCCUUUGAAAACUUCAUGAAAAAAAUUAAAAACAUGGUUCGUGCACCAAACAAUCCAUUGCAACAAGUAGUGAAGCGAUUAGGUGAAGAUGCGUCGUGUUGUUUAAAAACAACAAAACAGUCAUCUGUUGUCAAAAAUGUUGAUGGUUCAAUAAGGUAUGUUGUGUUUGGAGAUCGUAAUAAAUAUGUAAUAGGCACAAAUUAUUCAGAUAGUUGUUUCAUGACUGUGAACGGUGAAGUAAUUGUAGUAAAUGGAAUUAAAAAGGCACUCUCUCCAGGAAUUUACAGUCUUGAAUGUAGUCGCUUUGAGAGUAAAACUGAUUAUAAUAAGUAUCCUUUAAAAAGCAGUACUUUAAAAAUUUACUUAGUGGAUAAUCUUGUAAAAUACAGGAAGUUAUACACUACACAGUUAUAUCGUAAGUGUGUUCUUUUACCGGAUUUCAAUGAUAAUGCGUGUUUUUUGUGUAUACCAUAUUGUAAUAUGGAUGUAUUUUAUUGAAGUUGUCCUGUAAGCAAAUAUAAAUGUAGUUCAUUGACAUCCUGGAAGCAUUUGUUUUAUCACAAACCCCACAGUUCAAUCAUGUGUUAUUUACUGGCUUGGAAGUUAAAAUAAAUGUAUGUUUUUGUUUUUUCUUACUUGAUGUUUUGUAUAGUUUAUAUUACUUCAGCUCCAAUGUUUUUAAAAAAUUCUUUAUUGCAGUUCCAGGGUCAAAAUUACUCUGCGAUUACAAUUAUUAUUUUAUUUUUUAAUACCUAUGCAGGAAAGUAGGUAAUAAUAAUGUUCCUUACACACUAUUACAGCUGAAUCUUGUGCAGCAAUAAUUUAACCAUGCAUCUUUUUUUUGUU